AUGUGCUACAAGUAUGGAAAGUCAAGGCAUAUCAACAAGGAUUGUAAGGAGUCUUCAAAGUUGUGCUUCAGAUGCAAUCAGUUUGGUCACUACAAGGAAGAGUGUAGGAGCAGUACCGGUCAACAGCUCAUGGCUCUUGCUCCUGCCAAAUUGAGGAUUCCUGAAGGAGGGCAUAAAAAGCCCGAAGACACAAGGGCAUUUAAGCUUACAGCCACAGAGGUUGUCACUGCCCCAGACGUUGUGAGAUUUAUAUGCUAUUUCCUAGUCUAUAUGAAUUUAUUACAAUGGUAUGCUUAUUUAUGUGUUAUCAGGUACUUUUCUGUGAAUUAUAUGCCUGUUCUUAUUCUUUUCGACUCAAGGGCGAUCCAAUCGUUAGCCUUUAUUGCUUUUAGCAAGAAUUUUAGCAUUACUUUAGGGGUGCUUGACUCGCCAACGUUAGUUGAUAUUUAUAAUGAUACACUGGUUAGUGCAUCUGUGGUUUUCCAAGGUAGCUCUUUUGAUAUUUAUGAUAAGAGAUUUUUGAUUGACCUCAUCAUGAUUCCUAUGGGGGAGAUCAAUUUCAUCAUGGAUAUGGAUUGCUUAGAUCGUCAUCACGUAUUUAUUGAUUGUAGACAUAAAGUAGUUUGA